ACUUACCAACUUUUUCUAGAUUGGCCAGAAUCGAUCGUUGUCGAUAAUGAUGUUCUCGGUAAAGAUAAACUCUAGAUUAUUGAAUCUGUCAAAUAGUUGAAUAAAAGGUUAUCCUGCGAGGAAUGUACCAUUUACAAAGGUAGAACUAAUUGUCUAGACUAUGCAUAUGAUUUUACUAAUCUAACUAUUUUAUUUCGCCGUUUGGUUGCCCGGUAACUGAUACAAGCCCAAACCGGAUAAAAACCCGGAAGGCGCACCAUGUUUUCCUUUCAUUGAAUCAACCCAGGCAGUGAUCAAAUCGAGAUGCUCAAGUAACAUUUACAUGGAAACUAAGAGUUGUCUACAUGUGGGCUAUAACACCUCUCUGCCCAGUGUGUGAGUUGGUGCCGGUGGUACUGUCAACAUGAAAUCCAGUGGUGCUGCUCUGUUCACAAGGAAGAAUCCCUUCCCGCCAGACCCACCUCUGGGAAAAACACAUUACUACCCCUCACGCACCAAGAAGCUUCCAAAGCAACAGAGGAAAACUGUAAACUGGACUUCAGGGGCUGUCGGGGUCUUUUCCAAAUACACAUACUCCAAUACACUGUCCAGCCCUCCUCUCCAGACACACUCACUGAGCCCAGAGGACCAGUGCUUCCUCGGGGCAGCCAACCACUUUGUCUUCUGUCCUCCUCCUGCCACAGAGGCCCAGCCUAGUUUCUUAGAGUCCUGGCCCUCCACUGACCUUGGGUCCUCCCCGGGCAACACUGCCGCCUCCCCGAACACAGACACACUGACACGGGACCCGACAUCGGGAAAGUCCCUGGUCUCCGCUGGGGGAGGAGAGCAGGAAGAUUCUGUGUUGGCAAAGUACAUUGAACGCUUUCGUCACGGAAGGCCACAGAGUCGAGAGGAGCGUCAGCAGAUGUCGGCAAUGGUGGGAGAGGGCCAGCAGCCUUUCUGGUGGCUGUCCUCCUCCCCGCUACCCACCAGUUCUACACCCACUCAAACCACUGACAAAGGCCUUUCCCUUAGAAAAGACUCAGCCACCACCCUCAGUCCAGUUGGGCAGUUUCGGCAUGGCACCACCCUCUCCCCAUGCAGGGGACUCCUUGAUCUUAGUGCCAUGGGCUUGUCAGACUCCUCUCACGAUGACCUUGGAGACUCUGAGAUACAGCAUCUACAGGAGAAAGCCAGUAGACUGCUACACAGAAGUGAGCACUCACUCAGUAGUGGAUCUAUUCCCAUCAGCUCUGAGGGCCUGGGCUGCUCCAAUUUUUCCUCCCCUGUGAGCAUAGAUGAGCCAGUCCGAAGGCCUAUAGUUACCAGUCUUAUCGACUCAACCACUGUUGUGGGGAACCUAAGCUCAGCAGACCUCUAUGCUGGAACCGCUCCCAAACCGUCUGUGGUUGGUCCCCCUGACCCCCGCACACGCCCAGAGGAGGACAUCCUGUUUCAGUGGCGUCUGAGGAGGAAGAUGGAGCAGGCCAGUCAGUGGGUUCAGUCAAACCCACAGCAGGGUUACGCCUUUCAUCAGCACUCUGUCAGCUGGCAGGCACACAAGGUACAGCGGAAUCCUCUCCCUGCCUAUUCCUCUCAUAGAGUUGCCCCCUCCCUCCCCAUCUCCAGCCCCACCGUCUCUAAGUUGCAGUCGGAUUCCUCGGCCCGUCCCCACAUGCACCUUCUCUGUGACAUCCUUCCUUGUACCACUCAGCCCCACUCCCCUCCACCCAGCCACCAGAGGAAUCCAAAGAGGAGUGAGGUCUCUGGGGCCGACCGGACCGUCAGGCAYCCCAAAGCCCAGUCCAGCUCCACAGACACCUCCACUGAGGAGCCCACUAGUAAACAUGAGUCCUCGCCACCACCGCCUGCCUUGUCUGUGACCACAGAGGAAGAGUGGGUAGUUCAACAGAGGAGAACCGAGAGGACAAAAAAGGAGACACUACAGAAGGAGAGGAGUGAGAAGCGGACAGGGCCUUCCUGCAGAAAGAAGAAAUCAGCCAGGUGUCACGUUGGUGACAGGGACCAUGCUGAGAGGCCCAGCUAUGCAGAUUGGAGUGUGAGCCAACACCCCACCAGAGGUAAAGACAGGGUCACCCCAUGGAGGGAGGAGCCCAGCAGAGACUGGGGGCAACAGGAAAGGGGGCCGGGGAUAGUGAGAGAGGGCUGCCCUGGAGAUCGUGCUCCACCACCCUCUCCCAUACACAGCGCCCUGGGUCAGGUAGUUUCAGAGGUACUGUUCCUGACCACGGACUCCCCGGACCCGCCCAGAACCCCUGUGUCCUCUGACUCUCCCAGAUACGCGCCCCCGCAGUCCCCUGCCCCGCCUCCCAGUGCACAGCAGCCCCGGGAGGUUGUAGCUCAGCUGCUGCAGGAGGCUGAAGGAGUACAUUGACCGUAUGGACCAGUGCCAGUUAUCUAUUUUCACUUCACCUUGCUUGUGUUCAUGUGUACAUUUCUGGCUAUUUAUACCUGUGUACAGUUAACAUGUGCUCUAAUAUAACAUAUUAUGAACUCCUGGCAUAGCUUUGUUAGAAAGUAGCUAAAGUUACAACAAAAAGAAUCGGUAAUGUAAUCAAAUGCUCCUGAAGUUACUUUUGUUAUCUGCACAGUGACAUUUUAACUGCAUAUCUUUUCCCCCUUAAGAUUCAGAUGAGCAGGAGUUUAAAGAUGACCCCUUACUGAAGGUCUUAAGGCAGCAGAGGAAGUGGGUGAAGGAGCAAAUC